AUGGAGCCGACAGAUGCCCGACGUUUGGUUCCAUGUUUUGAUGAGCCUGAAUUCAAGGCGAUUUGGAAAAUCAAAGUUAUUCACCCAAUAGGCACGUCAGCAGUUUCAAAUGGAAUAGAAACCAAAAUUGCUGUUAAAACGGAAAAUCCGGACUGGGUAGUGACUUCAUUUAUCGAAUCACCACCAAUGUCAUCCUAUUUGCUCGCCUUGGCAAUAACGGAUUUCGAUUACAACGAGGGUAAUACAAGCCGCGGUACAAGGUUUCGAAUUUGGUCACGCCGAGAAGCUUUGAAUCAAACGUCGUAUGCUCUCAGUGCUGGCAUAUCAGCUUUGGAAUUUUAUGAAGACUAUUACAAUAUAUCAUUUCCACUGAAAAAACAAGGUUAUCAGCUAAACUGGGGCAUGAUAACAUAUCGCGAGAAAUAUCUGCUUUUUGACGAAAAUCUUUAUGCACCGUUCCAAAAAGCCAGCGUCGCGCUGGUCGUAGCUCAUGAGCUGGCACAUCAGGUUCAUUUUUUCCCGAAGCUGGCUGUAAUUUAA